AGGUAAAGAUAAAACAUGUAACAAUCUUCGCGAUUGUAAUUGAAUUAUAAAAUUCUGAUAUAUCUGCCUGCAAGAUGAAUCACUUUGAAUUACCCCCUGGGGUGGCAAUGACCCCAAACCAAAUCAAUGCUGCCGGUGGUUUCAUGGGAGGGCAUUCUAUGUCAGGUGGAAUGGCAGUUCCAUCCUUGACGGAGGAGCAAUUACAGGAAAAAGCCAAGAAGUGGCAGCAAUUGCAGCAAGCUAAAUAUGCAGAAAAGCGAAAGUUUGGAUUUGUAGACACUCCUAAGGAGGAUAUGCCACCAGAGCAUGUCCGCAAAAUUGUUCGAGACCACGGCGACAUGACAAACAGGAAGUUCCGACAUGAUAAACGGGUAUAUCUAGGGGCACUGAAGUGGAUGCCGCAUGCAAUCAUCAAACUAUUGGAAAACAUGCCAAUGCCCUGGGAACAGGUCCGCGAAGUGCCCGUGAUCUAUCACAUUACAGGCGCUAUCACAUUUGUUUGCGAUACACCCCGAGUGAUUGAACCUCUUUACAUGGCACAAUGGGGAACGAUGUGGAUCAUGAUGAGGCGAGAAAAGCGUGAUCGAAGACAUUUCAAACGAAUGAGGUUUCCUCCAUUUGAUGACGAAGAGCCUCCUCUGGACUAUGCUGACAAUAUUCUGGAUGUUGAACCGCUGGAGCCAAUCAGAAUGGAACUGGACCCUGAUGAGGAUGUAGCAGUGGCUGACUGGUUCUAUGACCACAAGGCACUCGUUGGCACUAAGUUUGUGAAUGGUGACACUUACCGAAAGUGGAAUUUGUCGCUUCCUGUGAUGUCUACGCUGUACAGACUGGGAAGUCAGCUGCUCACUGACCUGGUGGAUGACAACUAUUUUUACAUCUUCGACCUCAAGUCCUUUUUCACCGCCAAGGCUCUUAACCUUGCCAUCCCCGGAGGCCCGAAGUUUGAACCACUUGUCAAAGAUCAAGCACUCAAUGACGAGGAUUGGAAUGAGUUCAAUGAUGUGAACAAAAUCAUCAUCAGACACCCAUUGCGUACAGAGUACCAGAUAGCUUUUCCCUAUCUCUACAACAGCAUGCCCAACUACGUGCACCUGCCCAAGUACCACACCCCUUCUGUCGUUUUCAUCAAGACCGAGGACCCCGAUCUGCCCGCAUUCUACUUCGACCCCCUCAUCAACCCCAUCGGACACAGACAGGGCCACAAGACCGAUGAGCCCCUCCCGGAAGAAGACGAGGAGAAUGUGUUCCAACUUCCAGGCUACGUCAGACCAUUCCUGGAGGAGACACCACUUUACACAGAUAACACUGCGAAUGGAAUCGCACUCCUGUGGGCGCCCAGGCCAUACAAUUUACGUUCAGGUCGAACACGACGCGCAGUGGACGUGCCUCUUGUGAAGUCCUGGUACAGAGAACAUUGUCCCAGUGGAAUGCCAGUGAAAGUACGAGUGUCAUACCAGAAGCUUCUGAAGUACUUUGUUCUCAACUCACUUCAUCACAGACCCCCAAAAGCACAGAAAAAGAGAUAUCUGUUCCGGUCCUACAAGGCCACUAAAUUCUUCCAGUCCACGAAGCUGGACUGGGUCGAAGCCGGAUUGCAAGUUUGCAGACAAGGAUAUAACAUGUUGAACCUUCUCAUUCAUAGAAAGAAUCUCAACUACCUUCAUUUGGAUUAUAAUUUCAACCUGAAACCAGUCAAGACUUUAACAACGAAAGAGAGAAAGAAGUCUCGAUUCGGAAACGCCUUCCAUUUAUGCAGAGAAAUUCUACGUUUAACAAAAUUGAUCGUCGAUGCUCAUGUGCAAUAUAGACUUGGAAAUAUUGACGCAUACCAACUCGCAGAUGGUAUGCAGUAUAUAUUCACACAUGUUGGACAACUAACAGGUAUCUACAGAUACAAAUACAAAUUGAUGAAGCAAAUCCGAAUGUGCAAAGAUCUCAAACAUGUUAUUUACUAUCGGUUCAACACGGGCGCCGUCGGCAAGGGUCCAGGCUGUGGGGUUUGGGCACCGACUUGGAGGGUGUGGCUAUUUUUCCUCAGAGGUGUGGUCCCGUUGCUAGAACGCUGGCUAGGUAAUUUGCUGGCUCGUCAGUUCGAAGGCAGACACUCAAAAGGUGUUGCGAAAACUGUAACUAAACAAAGAGUUGAGAGUCAUUAUGAUUUGGAACUUCGUGCAGCUGUGAUGCACGAUAUUCUGGACAUGAUGCCAGAAGGAAUUAAGCAGAACAAAGCAAGAGUGAUUCUGCAACAUUUGAGUGAGGCCUGGAGGUGCUGGAAGGCUAACAUUCCCUGGAAGGUACCUGGACUACCCACACCAGUGGAAAACAUGAUUCUGAGAUACGUGAAGAGCAAGGCUGAUUGGUGGACUAACACAGCUCACUACAACAGAGAGAGAAUCAGACGAGGAGCGACAGUGGACAAGACUGUUUGUAAGAAGAACCUCGGAAGACUCACUCGACUGUACCUCAAAGCAGAACAGGAGAGACAGCACAACUAUCUGAAAGAUGGUCCAUACAUUACGGCAGAAGAAAGUGUGGCUGUUUAUACCACGACUGUCCAUUGGCUUGAGAGCAGAAGGUUCUCGCCGAUUCCGUUUCCACCAUUGGCUUACAAGCAUGACACCAAGUUGCUAGUGUUGGCUUUGGAGAGACUUAAAGAGGCCUACAACGUGAAGAAUCGUCUGAACCAGAACCAGCGAGAGGAACUGGGUUUGAUCGAACAGGCUUACGACAACCCCCACGAAGCACUCUCUAGAAUCAAACGUCACCUCCUCACCCAGAGAGCUUUCAAAGAAGUGGGUAUUGAAUUCAUGGACUUAUACAGUCACCUAGUGCCAGUGUAUGACAUUGAGCCCCUGGAGAAGAUCACGGAUGCGUACCUGGAUCAGUAUCUGUGGUAUGAAGCAGAUAAAAGAAGAUUGUUCCCGCCAUGGAUUAAACCGACCGACUCGGAACCCCCACCGCUCCUGGUUUAUAAAUGGUGUCAGGGGAUCAACAAUCUUCAGGAUGUUUGGGACACUUCGGAGGGGGAGUGUGGGGUGAUGAUGGAGACUACGUUUGAGAAGAUGUAUGAAAAGAUAGACUUGAAUCUGCUGAACAGACUUCUCCGACUCAUCAUAGACCACAACAUUGCCGACUACAUCUCGGCCAAGAACAACAUAGUCAUCAAUUACAAGGACAUGAACCACACUAACUCGUACGGCAUAAUCCGUGGCCUGCAGUUUGCUUCCUUCGUGACCCAGUACUAUGGACUAGUCUUAGAUCUUCUGGUUCUUGGACUGCAGAGAGCCAGUGAGUUAGCUGGACCCCCUCAGAUGCCAAAUGAUUUCCUCACUUUCCAGGAGGUGUCGGUCGAGACCGCUCAUCCUAUCAGACUGUAUUCGAGGUAUAUAGACCGUGUGCACAUGUUCCUGCGUCUGACAGCUGAGGAGGCGAGGGAGUUGAUCCAGCGCUACCUGACUGAACACCCGGACCCCAACAACGAGAACAUAGUGGGCUACAACAACAAGAAGUGCUGGCCGAGGGAUGCGAGGAUGCGGCUGAUGAAGCAUGAUGUGAACUUGGGAAGGGCUGUGUUCUGGGACAUGAAGAAUAGAUUGCCGAGGAGUGUGACUACUUUUCUGUGGGAGAGCAGUAUGGUGUCCGUCUACAGCAAGGACAAUCCGAAUCUGCUGUUCGACAUGAGUGGCUUCGAGUGCAGGAUUCUGCCCAAGUGCAGGACUACUUUUGAGGAGUUCAGCCACAGGGACGGAGUGUGGAAUCUGCAGAAUGAACUGACUAAAGAGAGGACAGCUCAGUGCUUCUUAAGAGUGGACGACCAGAGCAUGCAGAAGUUCCACAAUCGAAUCAGGAUGAUUCUGAUGGCCUCUGGUUCUACUACUUUCACUAAAAUUGUGAACAAGUGGAACACUGCUCUGAUUGGUCUAAUGACAUACUUCCGAGAGGCAGUGGUAAAUACACAGGAACUACUGGAUCUCCUGGUCAAGUGUGAGAACAAGAUCCAGACCAGAAUCAAGAUCGGAUUGAAUUCCAAAAUGCCAAACAGAUUCCCGCCUGUGGUGUUCUACACACCUAAGGAGUUGGGAGGACUGGGAAUGUUGAGUAUGGGUCACGUGUUGAUUCCACAGAGUGACUUGAGGUGGUCCAAACAGACGGAUAUUGGCAUCACUCACUUCAGGUCUGGAAUGAGUCACGACGAGGAUCAACUCAUUCCUAAUCUUUACAGAUAUAUCAACCCGUGGGACAGUGAGUUCAUCGAUUCCCAAAGAGUAUGGGCCGAAUAUGCUCUUAAGAGACAGGAGGCGAACACGCAGAACAGAAGACUCACUCUUGAGGACUUAGAGGACUCCUGGGACAGGGGGAUUCCCAGGAUCAACACCCUCUUCCAGAAGGACAGACACACUCUGGCAUACGACAAGGGCUGGAGAGUGAGGACAGAGUUCAAAGCAUACCAGAUUUUGAAGCAGAACCCGUUCUGGUGGACCCACCAGCGUCAUGACGGAAAACUAUGGAAUCUGAACAACUACAGGACAGACAUGAUCCAGGCACUGGGGGGAGUGGAGGGCAUCCUGGAACACACUUUGUUCAAGGGCACGUACUUCCCCACCUGGGAGGGGCUGUUUUGGGAGAAGGCCAGUGGCUUCGAGGAGAGUAUGAAGUUCAAGAAGCUGACUAAUGCGCAGAGGGGAGGUCUGAACCAGAUCCCAAACAGACGAUUCACGCUCUGGUGGAGUCCGACCAUCAACAGAGCCAAUGUGUACGUGGGUUUCCAAGUCCAGCUGGAUUUGACUGGCAUCUUCAUGCACGGCAAAAUUCCCACCCUCAAGAUCUCCCUCAUCCAGAUCUUCCGAGCCCAUCUGUGGCAGAAGAUCCACGAGAGUGUGGUGAUGGAUCUGUGCCAGGUGUUCGACCAGGAGCUUGACGCCCUGGAGAUAGAGACAGUCCAAAAAGAGACCAUCCAUCCGAGGAAGAGCUACAAGAUGAACAGUUCAUGUGCUGAUAUUCUGCUGUUUGCGGCAUAUAAAUGGAACGUGUCCAGACCAUCUCUCCUCGCAGACUCAAAGGACGUUGAGGAUGGUUCCACUAGUCAGAAGUACUGGAUCGACAUCCAACUCAGAUGGGGAGACUAUGACUCCCAUGAUGUGGAGAGAUAUGCGAGGGCUAAGUUCCUGGAUUACACCACAGAUAACAUGUCCAUCUAUCCCUCUCCCACUGGGGUAUUGGUGGCCAUAGAUCUCGCAUACAAUCUGCACAGUGCGUAUGGUAACUGGUUCCGAGGAUCAAAAGUCCUCAUCCAACAAGCUAUGGCCAAGAUCAUGAAAGCCAAUCCUGCUCUUUACGUGCUGAGAGAACGAAUCAGAAAAGGUCUGCAACUGUACAGCAGUGAACCCACAGAACCCUACCUAUCUUCUCACAAUUAUGGAGAACUGUUCUCGAAUCAGAUCAUCUGGUUUGUGGAUGACACCAAUGUGUACAGAGUGACAAUCCACAAGACCUUCGAGGGAAAUCUGACUACGAAACCAAUCAACGGGGCAAUUUUCAUUUUCAACCCGAGAACGGGCCAGUUGUUCCUCAAGAUCAUCCACACUUCAGUCUGGGCGGGCCAGAAACGUCUGGGCCAGUUGGCCAAGUGGAAGACAGCUGAAGAAGUGGCUGCUCUGAUCCGAUCACUCCCAGUGGAGGAACAGCCCAAGCAGAUCAUAGUCACCCGGAAGGGAAUGUUGGAUCCCCUCGAAGUGCAUCUGCUGGACUUCCCCAACAUUGUGAUCAAAGGCAGUGAGCUCCAGCUGCCUUUCCAGGCUUGUCUCAAGGUUGAGAAGUUGGGCGAUCUGAUCUUGAAAGCACUUGAACCCCAGAUGGUGCUGUUCAACUUAUACGACGACUGGCUCAAAACCAUCUCCUCCUACACUGCAUUCAGUCGUCUGGUGCUCAUCCUGAGAAGCAUGCACGUGAAUGUAGACAAGACGAAACUGAUUCUGAAGCCGGACAAGACCAGUGUGACCGAGGCACACCAUAUAUGGUCAUCCCUCUCAGACGAGGAGUGGGUGGGGGUGGAGGUGCAGUUGAAGGACCUCAUCUUGGCAGACUACGGGAAGAAAAACAAUGUGAAUGUGGCCUCCUUGACUCAGAGUGAGAUAAGAGACAUCAUUCUGGGCAUGGAGAUCAGUGCGCCCUCUGCCCAGAGACAGCAGAUAGCAGAGAUAGAGAAACAGACCAAAGAACAGAGUCAACUCACAUCCACAACUACGAGGACUGUCAACAAACACGGAGACGAGAUCAUAACGGCCACCACUUCAAACUACGAGACAAAUGCAUUCAAUACUAAGACGGAGUGGAGAGUGCGUGCCAUCUCGUGUACCAAUCUGCACCUGAGGACUAACCACAUCUACGUGUCCACCGAGGACAUCAAAGACACAGCUGGGUUCACAUACAUCCUUCCCAAGAACCUCCUUCGCAAGUUCAUCUGCAUGUCAGACCUCAGAACACAAAUCAUGGGCUUCCUGUACGGAGUGUCUCCCCCAGACAACCCCCAAGUGAAGGAGAUCAGGUGUGUUGUUGUGGUCCCUCAGUGGGGCACCCACCAACAGGUCCACGUACCCAAUGCUCUCCCACAACACGAGUACCUCUCAGAUAUGGAGCCGUUAGGAUGGAUGCACAGUCAGCCGAAUGAGUUGCCCCAGUUGAAUCCACAGGAUGUGACCAUGCACGCCAAAGUGAUGGGCGAGAACUCCUCCUGGGAUGGCGAGAAGACCAUCAUCAUCACUUGCAGUUUCACUCCUGGUUCCUGUUCGCUGGCAGCCUACAAACUCACCCCGGCCGGCUUCGAGUGGGGAAAGAGCAACAAGGACAGUGGAAAUCAACCCAAGGGGUACCUGCCCUCCCACUACGAACGAGUGCAGAUGCUGCUCUCAGACAGAUUCCUCGGGUUCUUCAUGGUUCCCGCCGUGGGCUCAUGGAACUACAACUUCAUGGGUGUGAGACACGACGCUAAUAUGAAGUACGAUUUGAUGCUGGCAAAUCCGAAGGACUUCUACCACGAGGUACACAGGCCCAACCACUUCCUCAACUUCAGCAACCUAGAAGACGUCGCCCUCUACACUUCAGACAGGGAGGACGCAUUCUCCUAGGAACCGACCGACAGGACACCAAUUAUCUGUCACGAUUCACUCUCCAUUCGAAUACAAAGAAUCACUCCCAAUUGGCAUAUGAAAUUUAUGACAUGUGAAACGUAUGAAACAUUUCAAUUAGGUAUCUGAUAUGAAAUAAGAAUCUACAACUAGAUGAUCUUAACUGUCCGCAACUAAUUUGUUACUCCUGAAGAUGCUGAUAGGCUCAGAGUGAAAACGAGGAACCGUGAAAACUCGUAUGAGGAACCGCAAUAUAACUCUUAAGAAACUAAAUUAAUGAUGGUAUGUUACUCUUUUUGUGUAGUUAUGAAUAUUUGCUGUUCUGUUGUCUGUUUUAAUUAAGCCAUAUGAAAA